CUUUCUUAACCAUCACCGGCCACCGGAUUCCAACGUUUUCGUCCUCAAUUGCGAUUCAACGACUGCAUGCAUUGCUUUUUGGCGAAUUAGAAUUAGAAUUUUGGAAUCGGAUAGGCAGCGAAAUGGAGAAGGCUGGUAGUGGUACUGUGGAGUACAUUAACAAGAUGUUUCCUACGGAAGCAUCUUUAUCGGGAGUUGAGCCACUGAUGAAGAAAAUACACAAUGAAAUCCGUGUUGUGGAUGCUGAAAUUCUAGGAGCUGUUCGUCAACAGAGUACAUCAGGAACCAAAGCAAAGGAGGAUCUUGCUGCAGCUACAAGUGCUGUGAACGAACUCAUGUUUAAAGUAAGAGAAAUCAAAACCAAAGCUGAGCAAAGUGAAACAAUGGUUCAAGAAAUAUGUCGUGACAUUAAAAAACUGGAUUUUGCAAAAAAGCACAUAACAACCACAAUCACAGCCCUCCAUCGUCUUACUAUGCUAGUUUCUGCAAUCGAGCAACUUCAAGUAAUGGCUUCAAAACGACAAUAUAAAGAGGCUGCUGCACAGGUAGAGGCUGUCAAUCAGUUAUGUAGUCAUUUUGAUGCCUACAGAGAUAUUCCCAAGAUCACUGAGCUAAGAGACAAGUUCAAGAACAUCAAACAAAUUCUCAAGUCUCACGUGUUCUCUGAUUUCUCCAGCUUAGGUACAGGAAAAGAUGCUGAGGAAAGUAAUUUGCUGCAACAAUUAUCAGAUGCCUGUUUGGUUGUUGAUGCAUUGGAGCCAUCAGUGAGGGAAGAGUUGGUGAAGAACUUUUGCAAUCGGGAGCUUAUUUCUUACAAACAGAUAUUUGAAGGAGCUGAGCUGGCAAAGUUAGAUAAAACAGAGAGGAGAUAUGCUUGGAUCAAACGCCGAUUACGGACAAAUGAAGAAAUAUGGAAAACAUUUCCUGCUUCAUGGCAUGUGGAUUACUUGAUUUGUAUUCAGUUCUGCAAAUUGACAAGGACACAACUUAUUGAGAUCUUUCAAAAUUUGAAAGAGAAGCCAGACGUUGGAACACUACUUCUGGCAUUGCAACGGACAAUAGAGUUUGAGGAAGAGUUAGCAGAGAAAUUUGGUAGCAGUAGUACCAAAAGUGUUAUGAGCGACAUUGAGGAAGUAGAUAAAGGGGAAAAUAGUACUCAAAUUGUGAUGGAUAUUCGAAAGAAAUAUGAGAGAAAACUUGCUGCACAUCAAGGAAACCAGGGUGAUGAUAAAGAUGCAAAUAAAGAUUUAGCAGUACCUGGAGCUGGGUUUAAUUUUCGUGGAAUUAUAUCAUCCUGCUUUGAACCACACUUGAUGGUAUAUGUAGAAUUAGAAGAGAGAACCCUUAUGGAGCAUCUGGAGAAGCUUGUUCAGGAUGAAACAUGGCAUAUGGAUGAUGGAAGUCAGACUAAUAUUUUAUCCAGUAGCAUGCAGGUCUUUUUGAUUAUCAGAAGGAGUUUGAAACGCUGUUGUGCCUUGACAAGAAACCAGACACUCCUAAAUUUGUUCAAGGUCUUCAAGAGAGUUCUUAGAGCCUAUGCUACAAAGCUUUUCAUGAAGCUACCUAAAGGUGGUCUGGGGAUUGUUGCAGCUGCCACAGGUAUGGAUGGACACAUCAAGACAUCUAAUAAAGACGAAAGGCUGAUAUGCUAUAUAGUCAACACUGCUGAAUAUUGUCAUAAAACGGCGGGUGAGUUGGCUGAAAAUGUCUCAAAAAUAAUAGAUUCCCAAUUGGCUGAUUCAGUGGAUAUGUCAGAAGUCCAGGAUGAAUUCUCAUCAGUCAUAACAAAAGCAUUAGUAACAUUAGUGCAUGGCGUAGAGACUAAAUUUGAGGUUGAAAUGGCUGCAAUGACACGUGUUCCUUGGGGUAUGCUUGAAAGUGUGGGUGACCAAUCAGGGUAUGUCAAUAGCAUAAAUAUGAUUCUUAGUGGUUGUGUUCCUGUACUUGGAAGCCUUCUUUCUCCAGUUUACUUUCAGUUCUUCUUGGAUAAGCUGGCUUCAUCUCUAGGUCCACGUUUCUACCUCAAUAUCUUCAAAUGCAAGCAGAUAUCAGAAACCGGAGCUCAACAAAUGUUAUUGGAUACUCAAGCCGUAAAGACAAUUCUUUUAGAUAUUCCAUCCCUUGGAAGACAGGCAAUAGGAGCUGCUGGCUAUUCAAAAUUUGUAAGCCGUGAAAUGAGCAAAGCAGAAGCACUCCUGAAGGUGAUACUGUCCCCUAUUGAUUCUGUAGCAGAUACAUAUGGAGCACUUCUACCUGAGGGAACACCUUCAGAGUUUCAGAGAAUUCUAGAGCUCAAGGGGCUAAAAAAGGCCGACCAACAAACAAUACUGGACGAUUUCAACAAACGUGGGUCCGGGAUUUCGGAAUCGCCAAUGGGCACACAAGCAGUCCAGGUGGCACAUGCGGUGGCAACUCCUGUGCCACCACCCAUGGCGGGUCCACCUUCAGCUGCAGGUAUCUCAUCAAGAGAAGAUGUGCUUACUAGAGCAGCGGCACUUGGAAGAGGUGCCGCCACAACUGGAUUCAAAAGGUUCUUGGCUUUGACUGAAGCAGCAAAAGACCGCAAAGAUGGACCCUUCCGUAAACUUUUCAAUCCCUGAUUCCGUACUUAACCGUUUCAAUUCCAGGCCACAAUAAUCAAAUUUUCAGGAACCCUUGAGGAGUUGUCACAAGAAUACAUAUUUUUUGAGGAUAGGAAUAUAUGCACGCGAAAUUAUCAAUUAUGUUCAUAUGUCUCGCAUUUGCAUACAGAUGAUCGCUCGUUUUCCCCUUUCAUUGAAGCAGCCAUGAUCUUAAAUUUGUUUGUGUUAAUUCAUUCAUUAAAUGAUUAAUAAAUAAAGCAUAGCCUAAUGAUGUAGUAGACUAGUGAAUGCAGGAAAUUAAUUGAAAUCUGCAAGAUUGCUUCCCUAAAUUAAUUGAAAUGUGCAAGAUUGCUUCCCAUAUCUUACAUGCUUGUUGGUCUCGACUUGGGUCUGAUAAAAUAUUAAUAAAUUUCGAUGAAAUAAUAUAUUUUAAAAUAUCGUUAGUGUCAUUAUGCCAAACACCUAUUAGGUUUUUUGUUAAAAGGUUAUUCAUUUAAUUUUUGUGUGUAGUCUAGGUGCUUAAAUUGUCAUGGCUUGUGUUAGUGAAGCUACUUUUUCAAAUGUGAAGGGGUUAGCCAUUGCCCCUCUUAGCUGCCACGUUAAAAUAAUUUAUAUUUUAUUUAUAUUUAAAAUAAAAGUUCUUAUAUCGACCUGAAAGGUAAAUGGACAACAAACUGUGUCGCUACCUUUUUAUGGAUUACAAAACUGAUUCUUUUGAAAGCUACAUGUAGAAAUCUUAGGAUCAUAACAUUAUAUACAUAACAUGUUGGGUUCUAUUAAGGGACUUUGUGCAACAAAAGCAAAAAUAUUAAACACGAAUGAUAAAAACACAUAUUGAUUUUUUAUGCACAUUUCCUUGUGUUUUGUGACAUUGGAUGAUGCAACUUUUAAAGCAACAUAUCUCAGAGUGAAACCUCACUCAUCAAAUCUAAGAGAGAAAAACUCUAUAAGAUCUAUACAUGUGUGUUUCCCUCAAACUCAUUCAUUGGCGAUGGUAAAUGUAACCAAUGUGGGUUACUUGACCCCCUUAUACAUUUUUUUUAUAAAAGGUUAAAUAGAAUUAAACUUGUGACCUACCUUAGAUAUUUAUAGUGAAGUAUCAUAAUAUUUUAAUUAAGCUCAUAUUCUAUAUUUUAAUAGCCUAAUUUUUUUAACCAAUAUGAAUAGCCCAAUACAAAUUAAAUAAAAAGAAAAUAAUAAUCGUGAACCAUAUUCAGUCUCAACGACGAUUGCUUCUCCAAGCUUUGAUCCGAUCCAAAUGUGCAGUAUUCAGUAGGGGUGAGCAAACCCAAACCGAGAAACCGACUAAAACCGAUGAAACUGAAACCGAAACCGAAGCAAAACCGAUGGUUCGGGUUUGAAUUUUUUAAAAACCGAAAAGUCGGGUUCGGUUUCGGUUUUUACUUAGAAACCGACCCAUUCAACCCGAGAAACCGACCCAUACUUAAAACCGACAAACCGCCCCAAGAAACCGACCCAUCCAAUCCAAAAAACCGACCCAUACUUGAUUGUUUUUUGGUUGUAAUAGACUAUUUCGGGCUUUGGUUGUAACUUGUAAUAAACUAUUUGUUGUAAGACUGAUGUUUUUUAAAGUAUUUAACUUAAAUUUGGUGUUUUGUGAAAUAUUUAACUUGUUGCUUCAUUUAUGGAAAAUGAGGUAAAACCCAAAACCCAUGGGUUUAAACCCAGAACCCUUGAAGGUAUGGGUUGAACCCAAGAAACCGAAAAACCGUCCAAACCGACCUUGGAACCCGAGAAACCGAACCGACCAGAAACCAAUCCUAUUGGGUUCUGAAAACCAAAAAAUCGACCACUUAUGGGUUGGGUUGGGUCCAAAACCGACCCAAACCGACCCGUGCGCAGCCCUAGUAUUCAGUAUCAAUAUCGUUUGCUUCCAAACCUUGAUCAGAUCCAUACAUGCAAUUUGUAUUUUUUUAAUCCAUUCCAUUUAAAUAGUAAAUCAUAUGAUUAUACUGU